UGGGGGCGGGCCUUACCAUUUUUCGGUUUAAACAACGGCAGUUGUGAGGCAGAGUAACCGUUGUUGCGCGAGGGCAGAAGGAAACCGAGCGGGCGGCGAGCAGGAAGAGGAUAGCCAUCAUGCAACGGACCUGGUGAUAGAGGAAUGCUUGGCCUGUCACUUCAAACUGGCUUUGGGGGACAUUGGAAUUUUUACAAUGGCUGCAAGGUGUGCAGGAGAGGAGGGGUCCUUUCUUGACAGCCAUGUGCUACUUGGAGCAGAGCUGAAUCACUAACCUUUAUCCUGCCCAUACUCAAAGUGGAGCUGCUUACAUUGUUGAAUUGGUAACUUCACCAAGCAAAGCACAGCAAUGGAAGCCCUGAUGGGACCUGAUCGCUACCGCUGGGCCUCUAUGAGCCGUGAAGAUCAGCUCAAGGAAGCUGCAAUGACCUUUAUCCGCCUUUGUGCAGAACAGGGAGAAGGUGAUAGCCCAAGGAAGACACAUGCUGCACCUCAGCUAGACCCCUACACAAGAGCUUCGGUGGCCUCUUUGGCCAGACCUGCACUUCCUGUGAUGAUCAGACACCUUCAGACAGGAUCCGCCUUGCAAUCAAAAACUCCUGAGGUUCCCAGAGUUGCUAGGAAGCCUGUGAUGAAAAGGAAAGUUUUGAGGCGAAGGCCCGAUGGAGAAGUAGAGGUGACGGAUGAGUCCAUUAUCAGCGAACCAGAGACUAGCAGUCCGAGUGACCCUGAGUGCGGGGAGUUGAGUCAAAGAAUGUACAGUCUGAAGACUCAGCAAGAAGUAGAGGAGGAGUCGUCAGAGGAGGAGAGCGGGCCAAGCAUUUGCCCAGAGUCUGAGAUUGCUUAUUCCUGGAGAACUACAGAGGAGAGCCAGAGCCGAGGCUCCCAAAGAGAGAGCCAGAGACGCAGCAUCACAACCUACGAGCAGGACUUGAUCAUUGCUGGCCACCCAAAGUCCUUCAUAUUACCAAGACUGGAGCAGCUAAGCAGGAACAGAAUGAAGACAGAUCGGGUAGCCCGUUACCUGGAGCAUAAGCAUGACUGGGAAUCGCUGCGGCUGCCAGGGGAAGAUCCCAGGAAAGGUGUGCGCUGGAGCAUCCGAGAACAGAUGCUAUACAAGUCAGAAUUGCCUCCCAGGGCUCAGCACAUUUAUAUCCCCAACAACUACCUGGUGCCUACAGAGAAGAAAAGAUCUGCCCUGCGUUGGGGAAUACGCUGUGACCUGGCAAAUGGUGUGAUACCUAGGAAUUCCUGCUCCUCCUAGCUCUAUAGCUCCGUCCACAGGAGAACACCUUGCUUAGCAUAGCCCAAAGAUCUAGCUACUCCAAACAAGCAACCAAGCUAAUUUGUUCACUUUGAAACCCUUUCAAAUCCUUAUUGGUUUUAAAUCUAUCUUUGAUUUCUGGAACAGGUAUUUUCUCAACAGAAAUGGAUUUUAUGUAUCCAUGCUUCUUAAACAGUUGCCCCAUAUAGGAUCAUUUGCAAGACAAAUGUUGUUCCCUAAGAAGCCAGGCAGAUGAACUAAAGCUCAUUGAAAUUUGUGUCAAGGAGAAUAACCUUUUAUUUUUAUUGCAAGAUCUUUUAAGCCCACUUCCUCGUCCUGAGCAAUCAUCAUACUCCUGUAUGAUAACACUAUUUUUAAAGAAUGUUUAACUUCUAGAUGCAUGGAUUAAAUUAAAAGUAUGUAGUAUAAAAA